AUGACAUUAAGUUCCACCAGAAGAAUAUCAUUUGUGCCUCCUGAUAGAGCAUGUGACCCUAUGACAUAUCGACUUAGCACUCAGGUGAAGCCUUUGAUAUGGGUGGAAGCUGAAAUUGAAAGGCACUCAAGAAGCCGAAUGGAAAUUAUGGUAAAAGUUAGGAGUCAAUUCAAGGAGCUGCAAGAUCUUGACAAUGUUGAAUUCUGA